AUGAGAAGGAUCGUCCUUGUUGGUGUUUACAUCUCAUUCUGCCUCUUGGGUGCACUAUUUUCCCCUUAUGUUUUCAUCUCUGGAAAUCAAAUUGAGGGAAGUCUGAUUUGUAAGUUAUGCAAUCUCUCAAUCCCCUUCCAUGGAUGUCUUUUGGACUUUGGAACAUGCAGAACAAAACCUGGUCAGUACUGUAUAAAAGAGAAUCACUUUAAAGGUGGCAUUCAAUGGUACACAAUUAAAGGCUGCACAGAGAGCUCAUCGCAGUGCUUCAAGAGAACCGUGUCUGCUCAUGAAAUUCACUCCACUCACUGCUGCUCUCGUUCCAUGUGUAAUUUCUGA